UUCUAUAUGUGAGGGCUUUUAUUGUGAAGGCGUGCCGUACAGCCGCCUCAGAGAGUGACGCGCUUCCUGUUGUGCUCAGCUGUGAAUCAGUCCGUGACGUCGUCUCUGUCUGUCCAACCUUUGAGAUCAUUAACAUUAAAAAUAAUUUUAUUAUUCAUUAAUCACCUUUAUUUCAAUUAACGGACCCAUCGCCGACAGCUUCCUGUCCGUGUCACAGCGCGGGAAUCGAACCUGCUCCCGGAGCUAACGUUAGCUCAGCGGCUAGCCACCGUGCGAGGAAAGAAACCGACCAACCGACCAACCGACCAACCGACUAACCGACUAACCGACAUCAGCGGAGUCAUGGAUCCGACAGGAGUCACAGCGGGAGCUCCGAAGAGUCCGUGGGGCUCGGGGGCCCCGGCGGCUCCGGCCUGCUCUCUGACUGACGUGAUGAGUGAGCAGCUGGCCCGACAGAUGGAGGAGGAGAGCGACGCCUUCCCUGCGCUGACGGAUCCCGCAGCAGAUCUGUUGUUGUUGUCGGACGAGGUUUCCGAUACGACGAGCGACCUGAUGCUCGCCAAGAUGCUGCAGAUGCAGUUCGACCGCGAGUUCGACGAUCAGCUCCGCCGGGAGGAGAAGAAGUUCAACGGGGACAGCAAAGUGUCCAUCUCCUUCGAGAACUACCGCAUGGUCCACCCGUACGAAGACAGCGACAGCUCGGAGGACGAGGUCGACUGGCAGGACACGAGACACGACCCCUACAGAGCCGAAAAGCCGCAGACCACGCCCAGGAGAGGCUUCACCGGGAAAGGCAAGAACAUCACGACCAAACACGACGAGGUGACGUGUGGCCGCAAGAACACGGCGCGCAUGGACAACUUUGCUCCGGAGGUCCACGUCGGCGAUGGUCUCGGCAUGGACCUGAAGUUGUCCAAUCAGGUGUUUAACUCUCUGAAGCAGCACUGCUACAGCGAGCAGAGACGCAGCGCCAGGCUGCACGAGAAGAAGGAGCACUCCACCGCCGAACAAGCCGUGGACCCUCGCACUCGUCUGCUCAUGUAUAAAAUGGUGAACGCCGGCGUGCUGGAGAACAUCAACGGAUGCAUCAGCACGGGGAAGGAGUCUGUCGUCUUCCACGCCAACGGAGGGAGUGUCAGCCUGGAGGAGCAGCCUGUUCCUGACGAGGUGGUGCUGAAGGUGUUCAAGACGACGCUCAACGAGUUCAAGAACAGAGACCGCUACAUCAAAGACGACUACCGCUUCAAAGAUCGCUUCAGCAAACUGAACCCGCGCAAAGUCAUCAGGCUGUGGGCCGAGAAGGAGAUGCACAACCUGACCAGGAUGAAGAAGGCGGAGAUUCCCUGUCCGGAGGUGGUGCUGUUGAAGAAACACAUCCUGGUGAUGUCUUUCAUCGGUAAAGAUCACGUCCCCGCUCCCAAACUCAAAGACGUCACGCUGGGAUCAGAAGACAUGAAGAACGCCUUCUACCAGGUCCUACAUCUGAUGCAGCUGAUGUAUCAGGAGUGUAACCUGGUCCACGCUGACCUCAGUGAAUACAACAUGCUGUGGCACGACGGGAAGGUGUGGCUGAUAGACGUCAGUCAGUCCAUCGAGCCGACCCAUCCUCACGGCCUGGAGUUCCUCUUCAGAGACUGCAGGAACGUUUCCACGUUCUUCCAGAAGAGAGGUGUGAGUGAAGCGAUGAGUGUUUACGAGCUUUUCAACGCCGUGAGCGGACUGAACAUCCCUGUAGGUGCAGAGGACGAGGCUGAGUUCAUGUCUGAGAUCGUGGCGUUGGAGAAGAGGAACGAGGAUCACGUGCAGAAGCGAGGGAAGAAAACGUUCCCGGUGGGCUGUGAGGACGCCGGCCCUCCUUUAAAACCCGACGCAGACGACUAGCGCCCGCCCGGCUCGCUCUCUCUUCACGAUCCCGCCGUGUUGAAAACGCUGUAAAGAGGUGAUGAACAGAGGAGGAGGCAGCGUGGGCCUCCAUCGCCUGCCACCACCCACUGACCCCACCCACCAACUACCUCCUUGAAGCAGGCAGGGCGGAGCGCCUCCUCCUGGCCGGAGGAAGGAGUUUCACCGUGACGGAUGUUGAAGUCGGAGCGUCCUGACGGGCCACAUCUCAUCUCCUCAUCAGUCCACACGGCGUGCUGAUGAUCCGUCAGAAUAAACACGUUUGUUUCAGCUUUGUUCAAACUCUUCAUUUUAAAUUCUCGUGCAGAGUUUGAGGCGAUGAGUCGGGCUGGUUUUUGUACGAAUGAGAGUUAAAACGAUGCAGAGUGUGACGAUGUGGGUGAAAAAGAAAAAAAAACAUGUUGGGUUUGAAUAUUUCACUCUGUAGGCAAAGAUACGCUGACUAAUGUUCUAUUGAUAAUCUGAAAAGCUGCUUUUUAAAGGUCCAGCGUGUCUCAUGGGGCUUUAAUUCCAGAACCUAAUCUUCAAACUGUCCUGAUUCUUUUUGUCUUUGUUACCUUUUUAAAAUGAGACGUUCUGCUCGCUGCUGUAGGUCGAUCAGGACGGAGAGCGUGACGUGAGGGGGGGUGAAUCCAACACACACUGAGCUCCUGUUCAUCCUGUUGACACAAUAACAAUCUGUUCUGGUUCCGGUCCAAUAGUCGAGUCUCUAUGAACUCUACAUUUAAAUCUAAAGCUCAACAAAUGAAUUUAAAUGAGAAAAUAUCUGAAUGAUAAACUUUAUUCACAGUUUGACAUGAAGUGUUUUGAAACCUCUCAGUGGAACGAUGACAAAUAAAGUGAUAAAUUAUUAAACAUAAAUGCCAAUAAAACAUGAAACAGAGUUGGCAUCAAUAAAAAUCUACAUCCGACUCAAA